UGUUGCUGUAUGUAAAUAUUUCGGUUCAAGUAUUCUGAAUGACGUAUUAUAAGCAAUAUUUGCGAUGCCUGUCCUCGACUGGGAAGCAGAGGGCAGGCCCGUUGUCAAGAAAGGAUUCAAGUAUUAUUGCGCUGUCACUGCGCCGUUGACGCUCUUGGUGCUAGCCUCUUGGGGCGUAGCAAUGCUAUUCCCGUGGAAAAAAUGGAUAUCGAGGUUGAAUGAAAGUCUCCCGAUGAGAGGACCGUAAGGAUGUGGCAUAGAGCUGACAGGCCUGAAUCUUACUAAGAUACUAAUAAACCAUUUCCG